AUGGCAACCAUUCUCAGGGUACCGUUAAAGCAGUUGAUGUUGUUCUUACUUGUGGUGAACUUCAUCUCUCCUGCUUUUCCACAUACUUACAGCACUGACCCAUGGCAACGACAACUUCCAAGCCGAAUGCCCCAAAUUGGCAAUCAUCUGCCCUUUAAACAGCAUCAAGGCCACCAACAAACCAUUUCCAGACCAGAUCCAGUGAAAACUGUUGCUGUGAAAUGCUUUUCAGACUACAUGGAGAUAGUCGUGAAUGCUGAUUUGUUUAAAAUUGGUACGCUUAUCGACAUGGCUGACCUGCGCCUUGGAGUUGAACAGUACCAAGCUCAAGAGUCCUGUCGGGCUACAGUUUCAGCAGCUGGAGAUGAGUACAGAAUAUUUCCAGCACUAUCGGACUGUGGAACCAAGCAUAUGCUGAACGAGAACUCCUUGAUCUACACAACCCACCUCAGAUAUACACCCAAUAACACCCCAGAUGGGGUUAUUAGUAUGGAUGGCGCUGUAAUCCCAAUUGAGUGUCACUACGAAAGGAAGUACAGUUUGAACAGUGUCCCUCUCCAGUCGACCUGGAUCCCCUUUACCGCCACAGUGUCUGCUGAGGACACCCUGCAGUUCUCCUUGAUGCUCAUGACAAGUGACUGGCUUUAUGAGCGGGGUUCGGGAGUCUACUUCCUGGGUGAUCCCAUCAACGUGGAGGUGUCUGUCAGGCUCGCUCACCACACCAGGCUCAGGGUCUUUGUUAGCAGCUGCGCGGCAACACUGGACCAAGACUGGAACUCUGUCCCCAGAUACGUCUUCAUUGAAAAUGAUGGGUGCUUGAUGGAUUCCCAGUUGCCUGGCUCCAACUCCAGGUUCAUGCGUAGAACCCAGGACGACAAGCUCCGCUUGUCGCUUCGGUGAAAGAUUAGGCAGUAGCCCACCAGAACCUUGUGGCUACCACAGCAAACCCCCAGCCUCUGGUGACCACUGGAGGAGUGGGAUGAA